AUGCGGAUGGAAACAUAUGACAACGUCUUGGUGAUUGCAAUGAAUCACGUUCGUGCCUUCAUGAAUAUUCCGAAGAUGACUGAACCCUCCGCCGAAACCACAAGACGCAUGUACAGAACAGUGACGUCAUCAGUACAGGCAUUGGAUUCCAUGGACAUCAAGGAGAGAGACAUUUGGUUGAUUUAUCUCAUCUUGGAGAAAUUAGACCCUGAAACUAAGGUCUUGUGGUCAAGGGUUGUCUACAAUAAAAUUCCAACUUGGACAGAAUUUGUCAGUUUCCUUUCUAAACGCUACAAAACCAUGGAAGCGGUCAUCACUUCCAAGACAGAGAAGCCAGCCAAGAGGACUGAGAUGAAAUCCAAGCCACCAAACAAAGCAGCACCGAACUGGUCAGCAAACCUGGCGGCAGCGACCUCAUCGAGUCAAGGUAAUACAGUUACCAAUGUCCAUUCAACCAUUCCAUGCGCUUGCUGUGGAAAAUCAAACCACCCCACAGUCAAAUGUUACAAAUUUCGAGGACUGAAUGAUACAAAACGUUUCGAAAUUGUGAGAACAGCAAAACUGUGCAUUAAUUGCUUGGAUCCAGGCCACUCUGUGAAUAACUGCCAAUCCUCAGCAUGCAAACAUUGCGCGGAAAAGCAUAGCACUUGGCUCCAUUUUGCUUUCCAUCCGGAAAUGCCAUCAAUUCAAGAUGCAGCAUCCGCCAACUUGGCAUCAAUCGAGACAAACGCAGUUACUAACACAACGGGAACUCAACCCACGCCGGUACCAGGGACUUCUUCUUCUCUGAACUGUACAGCUCCAUCAAUUGUACCUAAUGUAUUACUGGCUACUGCUGUAAUCUACAUUCAGACCGCUGAAGGAGACAAGCUACCAUGCAGGGCAGUCCUCGAUUCCGGGUCCCAAGUCAAUAUCAUCACGGAGAAGAUGUGCCAAUUGUUGAAACUUCCCAAGAGAAACUCAAACUGCCGUCUUGAGGGAGUAGGAGCUCAAAUCUCACCAUCUUGCUUUCAAGUCACGGUGAACUUUAGCCCUAGAGGAUUCAGCAAGUGGACACAAACCGAUUGCUUCGUCCAGACAAAAAUUACCGGACUACAUCCCGCAGUCGAAAUCCCAAAGGCAUCCUUACCAAUUCCAUCAAAACUUGUGAUGGCUGAUCCUCAGUGGUACCGUCCUCAACCAAUAGACAUUCUUAUUGGGGGCCAGCAUUAUUGGGAUUUGGUCUUGGAUCGCACAAUUCGCAUGGGCCCUGGUCUUCCAGUACUCAAACAGAGCGUAUUUGGAUGGCUCGUAGUUGGAGAAAUCGGACCGAUUCCAGCUGCUCAAGAGUCAACUCAAAGUUGUUGCAUGACCACACUGGAAAGUAUCGACAACACUCUCAAACGCUUCUGGGAAAUUGAGGAUGCAGCAGGUCCAGCGGAAAGAAAAGAUGAAGAUGAACAGGCUGAAAAGAUCUACCAAGAAACUAUUACUCGAGAUGAGACAGGGAGAUUCAUCGUUCAUCUGCCCUUUACCGAAAGGGUACCGAAGGAUAAGAUCGAUCGCAAGGCCUAUUAUUUACCAUACCAUGAGGUGUACAAGGAGAGUUCCACAACGACGAAAUUGAGAGUGGUAUUCAACGCCAGCUCCAAGAGCAAGAACAGUCUAAGUCUCAAUGAUACACCCCUGACCGGGCCACUUACUCAACCGCCAUUAAUAGAAACACUUUGGAGGUUUCGCCAACAUCAAUGGGCUUUGACAUGCGACAUCACCAAGAUGUAUUUGCAGUUCUUGGUGACACCAGAGCAGAGAGAUUACCAUAGAUUCCUCUGGAGAACUCACAAGUCAGGCGAAGUUGAGGAAUAUCGAUUCCGAACCCUAUGUUUCGGUGUUGCGUCAUCACCUUAUUUGGCCACAAGAUCAUUGAUGCAGCUAGCCUCUGAAGAUGGAGACAAAUUCCCAGCAGCCCAGGAAACAAUUCGUUCAUCGUUCUACGUGGAUGACUGUUUGGUAUCAGCAGAUUCCAUAGAACAACUCCAACAAAUCAAGAGCGAAUUGAUAGAGCUUCUGGCUGGUGCUGGCCUACAGCUCAACAAAUGGACAUCCAACGCGCCCAGUCUUUGCGGUAGCGAGCAAACCAAAGAUGUCACCGCAAAUGUAGCUGAUAAUGAACCAGUGAAGACCCUAGGCCUGCUGUGGAACCCACAAUCUGAUCAAUUUAGCUAUAAACUUGCAGAAAACAUCAACUGCAAUCAGCCUACCAAACGUCAAGUGCUUUCUCUCAUCGCACGGACAUUUGAUCCAUUAGGAUUUAUUGGACCGGUAAUGGUGAACGCCAAAUGUCUCAUGCAGAAUCUUUGGCAACUCAAGUGUGAUUGGGAUGAGGAAGUCCCGGAAUCAGUGCUUAGUGAAUGGAUAUCAUUUUUCAAAUCCUUGAGAUUCAUUCCCAACAUCAAAAUUCCGCGGUGUAUAUCCGAAUUCACCCAAAUUUCCAAACGAGAAGUGCACUUAUUCACCGACGCCAGCAAGAAAGCAUAUGGCGCAGCCAUAUACAUCGUGACUGAAAACUCUUCAGGAUUCCGAUCCACCCGGCUUCUGACUGCUAAGUGUCGUGUUGCACCAGUGAAGGUCGCUACAAUCCCAAAGCUUGAGCUGUGCGCUGCUGCAUUGGGUUCCAGGAUCUUGAAAGCUGUGUGCGAUUCCUUGAACUGUCACAACCACUACUGCUGGACUGAUGCUAUGAUUGUGUUGUGCCAAAUUAGAUCACCCGUGAAACGUGAAGCAUUUGUUAAGAAACGCCUGGAAGACAUCCUCAACAAUACCAGGGCUGAAAGAUGGCAUCACGUUCCUACCACACACAAUCCAGCGGACUUGAUUUCAAGGGGAGUCACGGCAGAACAGUUAGAUGAAUCCUCGCUCUGGUGGAAGGGGCCGGACUGGCUCUCAAAACCCAUCGAGUACUGGCCACCAGAACCUGAAGGUCACCAAGAAGGGUGCCUACUCGCAACCACAGCUCAAUGGCCCGACAUACGUGAGUAUCUAUAUCAAAAAUCUAAUUCGUUUUCUCGUAUUCGAAGGGUCAUAGCAUGGAUUUUGCGAUUUCUGAGCAAAAUCACGGGGAAAGGUACUCAGCAAUCUGGACCGUUACUUCCCGAAGAAAUUCAGAGGGCAGAAAUUGUACUGGUGAGGCUGGAGCAACAGGAGUUGCUCGUUGAUGACAUCAAAACAUUAUCUGGCCCAAAGAAGACACCAGUGAGCAAACAGCUACGUCAUCUUCAAGUCUUUUUGGAUGACGAUAAGGUUAUGCGUGUGAAAGGGCGGUUGGAAAAUGCGAAUGUGGAUGAAAAUACCAAGCAGCCCAUGAUCCUCCCCAGCGGACCGCUGGCCAAGAUGAUUCUACAUCAUGAGCAUUACCGUUUACUGCACGCAGGCCCUACCCUUAUCAUGACAGAGAUUAGACGCAAAUUCUGGCCUAUUUUUGGAAGACGUUUACCACGAGAUGUCUAUUGGAGAUGUGUCACCUGCAACAAAGCCAAACCUCGACCUUGUAAACAGCUGAUGGGCCAAUUACCGACACCUCGUGUCACCCUGACUCGUCCAUUUGCCUCCACCGGAGUGGACUUUGCGGGGCUCGUGCUUGUCAAGGCAAGUAAACUUCGAAAAGCACCCGUUCAGAAGACCUAUCUGGCAGUAUUCAUCUGUAUGGCAGUGAAGGCCGUGCACAUUGAGGUUGUGGGCGACCUCACCACCGAGGCUUUCUUGGCUUCACUCCGCCGAUUUUCUGCCAGAAGAGGAACACCCAAUCAUGUCUACUCCGACAACGGGACAAACUUCGUCGUGGCUGCCCACUACCUGGGGAAAUUUCUUGCAAAUCCAGCCAACCAAAAUGCCCUCAUUGAUGCCACCUCCGGAAACUCAAUCACUUGGCACUUCAUCCCACCUCGCUCUCCGCAUUGGGGUGGACUCUGGGAAGCUGCAGUGAAGACGCUGAAGUAUCACCUGAAUCGCGUCAUGGGCACAACCGUGCUAACCUAUGAAGAGUUGACGACUGUUACCACGCAGAUUGAAGGAGUAAUGAACAGCCGCCCUCUUACUGCGCUCCCGGAAACUGAAGCUGAUCCUGAUGCUCUCACACCGGCCCAUCUACUGAUGACAAAACCAAUCACCAAUCUUCCGGACUGGGACUUGGAGAAGGUGUCCCGACUAGAUCGAUGGCAACUCACCCAGAAGCUAUACCAGGACAUCUCCAAGAGGUGGAAACGUGAGUACCUAGUCUCUUUACAACGUAGGUCAAAGUGGGACAAGGAGUACUCAAAUUUGCAUCCGGGAGAUGUGGUGCUCGUGCUUGACAAUGCCUCAUCCGGGGCGUCAUGGCCAAUCGCACGUGUAGUGGAUAUCCAUCCAGGAAGAGACGGCAGGGUCCGCUUGAUCACCAUCAAGAUGAAAAACGGCACCUACAAGCGCCCCAUUCAUGUCUUGGCCAAGCUACCUACGGAAUCAGAGCAUCCGGAGACAUCAGAAGUGUCAAAAUGUGACUUUUCCCUGGGGAAUGUGUUGGCGCCAACACAAUCCUGA